AUGGCUCGUCCAGUGUCGUUGCUACGGAAUAUUGUGCGCGAGCUGCGUUUGUCGCGCUCGCGAGAUUUAGCAAAGAAAGUGCCUUUGGUGUCGUCUGCUGCGUACAAAUAUGUUUUAACAAAAUUCAGAGACGGAAGCGAAGGGCAAGAGUUAGUGCAGGACGGUGAAAUCUGGUAUUUGUAUAUGAAAUCUAGACGAGAACACACGGCUUUGCUGGCGCGUUAUUGUCGUGGCGAACGGUCCAUCGAAGAUGCAGCUAAAAUGGUGGGACUGCAGAUUCCUGACAAGCCGAAGUUGGACAAUAAAAGCUUGUAAUUUUCUUAUUCUACCAAGUGUACAAAUUACA